CGUCCACGCGAACUUUGAACGGACAGGGCAAUGCCGCAUCGUCAUGCUGUGGCAAGAAGAGUGUCAUAUAUGUGCGAACAGCGUUCGCGAUCAUGUUCCAACACGCACUAGACUGCCGAGGUAGCGGCAUAGACGAUCAACCUUAAUUCCCUUCCAUCAAGUGGAUACCGUGCAGUAAUGAGUUGAUAUCUGAUCACAGUAAGAAGAAGUAUAAUACUUCACACGUCUCUCUUCCUUUCGUGGCCAUCGUCGCCUCCACCGUUCCUUCAACCAAGGCGUCUCCCAAUCCCUCCGCGCCUCCAUUCGCGAUCCGCAAUGUUCACCAACAUGAUCGGGGCCUCCACGGCCCUGCUCCUCGCGAGCGCCACUCUCAUCAACGCCCAAACGCUCCCCACUGUCGACCUCUCAUAUGCCCUCCACCAGGCCAUCGACUACAACUCCACCGGCAAGCUCUACACCUUCAGCAACAUCCGCUACGCCGCUCCUCCGGUCGGAAAGCUACGCUUCAAAGCCCCCGUCGCGCCCUCAACCAACCGCACCCUCACCAACGGCAGCGACAAGAACGGCGCUUGUCCCUCCGGUCUGCCCAACUGGCUCUCCGCUGCGUACCCUUUCAUCGGUGCCUACCUUGGCGGUCAGCGCAAUUUCACCCGUGAUAGCUUCAAUGUGCCGCCGCCGGGUGGCCCGUCGAAUCCCUCUGAUGCGGGCACUCCGGAGGACUGCCUGUUCUUGGAUGUUGUUACUCCCAAGGCGAUCUUCGACAAGGCCAAUACGACCGGCAACACUGGCGCUCCCGUCCUCGUCUGGAUCUACGGUGGUGGAUACACUUUCGGCUCAAAGACUCAAUAUGGUAGCCCUGCUGGCUUAAUCUCACGCAGCCAAGGCAAAGGUGAUGCAGGUGUUGUGUAUGUCGCCAUGAACUACCGCAUCGGAGCCUUUGGUUGGCUCUCAGGCCCAACUUUCCAGGGUGACGGAGGUAUCGCCAAUGCCGGUCUUUAUGAUCAACGCCUUGCCCUUAAGUGGGUUCAGGAUAACAUUGCUAAGUUUGGAGGUGACCCGAAGCGCGUGACCGUCUUCGGCGAGUCUGCCGGCGCCGGCUCCAUCAUGCACCAAAUCACCGCCUUCGGUGGUCGCAGCGACAUUCAGUUCCAAAACGCCGUGCUGCAGUCUCCGGCUUUUGCUCCCAUCCUCUCCAACCACCAGCAGGAGGCUUUCUACAAUGACUUCUUGCGUCUCGCGGGCGUUUCCAACUUUGCUCAAUUGCAGGCUCUCCCGUACGGUCGUCUGCAGUCCGCCAACCUGCAGCAGAUUCAGAAUUCGUCAUACGGUACUUUCACUUUCGGUCCGGUCGUGGACGGUGUUAUUGCACCUCAGAGUCCGGGUCAAUUGCUCUCCAAGGGACAAUUCUAUAAGAACGUCAAGGUCAUGACCGGACACAACUCCAACGAGGGCAUCCUUUUCACUCCUUACUACAUCAACAACGACGAAGUCUUCCGCUCCGAACUCAUCAAACUCCUCCCCAACCUCGGCGCCUUCCCGGACACCGUCGACUACAUCAUGAACACCAUGUACCCGGCCGACUACUCGGGCAAGCAGGGCUACACGGACAUCAUCGGCCGCGUGAUCAAGGCCAUCUCCGAGGGCAUCUUCAACUGCAACACCGUCUACCUGGCCAAGGCCUUCGGCAACCAGACCUACUCGUACGAGUUCGCCAUCCCGCCGGGCAUCCACGGCAACGACAUCUCCUCGACCUUCUACAACGGGAACGACGUCCCCUCCGUCCCCGUCGCCCUCGCCAUGCAGCAAUACAUCGCCAGCUUUGCGCUCAAGGCGGGCUCGCCGAAUUACUUCCUCGGCAAACCUAACGCGCCCUGGUUCCCCGUCUAUGGGCGGAACAGCUCCGUCCAGAUUUUGAACUCGACGAGUUUCAAGCAGGCCAAUGAUCCUUACAAUAACUACCGGUGUACGUAUUGGCAGAAGGCUCUCUUUGAGUAGAGAGAGAAUGAGUAGAGAGAGACAUGUGUAACUUUUCUCUUUCUUUUUUCCCCAAAGGGCAGUUGUCUUUUGUGUGUUGUGUUGUCAUUUGAACGAGGAACAAGUUGCAAAGAAAGACUUUUCUCCACGAUGCGGAUAGAGGUAUUACGAAAACCACCAGAUUCGAGAGAUUCUUCC